AUAUAGUUGUUUGCAUUCUAUAACAAGAACUUCAAAAUCUUAUUGUUGCGAAAUUGUAAUCUAACAUUCUCUACAUUUAGCAGAGUAAAUUUCUACCGAAGGACUAUGAUGCAGCAACCAGGGAAUUCUACUCAAGUGUUGGAAAGCGGACAAGAUCAAAGAGGAAGAUCUACUUUGGGAUGGCAAAGGGGAGUUCUUGUAGUUCCGGGGAUGUGGAGGAAAUUGGCACAGUGCAGGGUAAUUCUGCACAACGUCGCCAUCGAAGAACGAAGAAAAUGACUUUGGGGAACAGAAACAAAGAUAUGAAUUCCAAGGAAUUUGAGAUUGAGAAAAUUGACAAAGCUGAGUUCAGAAAUAAAAUUUUGCACUCUGCAUUCAAUGAAGGGUCCUCGAGACGCUUGUACAAGGAGAGCUUGCUCGUAGAAAAAGGGAAUGGAAACGAAGAUAUGAAUUCCAUGGAUAUAGAGAUUGAAAAAAUUGACAAAGCCGAGUUCAGAAAGAAAAAAAUGCAUUCUGCAUUCAAGGAAGGGUCCUCAAUAAGGCAAAAAUCAAGAAGAGAUUCUGCUGUCAACUGUACUAAUCCUAGGCUUGUGAGCAAAAAUGUACCACAGGUUGAUAUUCAUGAAGAAAAUUUUGACCUGAAGAACUCUGCUUCCUCGAGACGCUUGAAGGAGAACUUGCUCGUAGAAAAAGGGCACAAAAAUGGAGACAUAAGUUCUGAGGAAAUUGAGAUCGAAAGAAUUGAUGAAGCUGAGUUCAGAAGAAAAGAACCUCUAUCUCCAUCCAUGAGAAGCUUCUCUACUUGGCAAGGAUAUAAUGAGGGAGAUUCUGCGGACUAUUGCAGCGAGAAUGGUAGAGGUAACGAAAACGAAGAUAUAACUUCCAUGGAAAUUGAGAUUGAGAAAAUUGACAAAGCUGAGUUCAGAAAUAAAAAACUGCAUACUGCCUCAAUAAAGCAAGAAUCAAGAGGAGAUUCUGCAGCCAACUUUACUAAUCCUAGCCAUGUGAGCAAAAAUGUACCACAGGUUGAUAUGCAUGAAUCCUCUUUCUCACGGGAUGCUGGCGACACAAGUAUGCAUGAAGAAAAUUUUGACAUGAACUCUGUUUCCUCAAGGCGCUUGAAGGAGAGCUUGAUGGCAGAAAAAGGGAACAACAAUGAAGACACAAGUUCUGAGGAAAUUGAGAUUGAAAGAAUUGAUGAAGCUGAGUUCAGAAGAAAUGAACUAUCUUCAUCCAUGAGAAGCUUCUCUACUUGGCAAGGAAAUAAUGAAGUAGAUUCUGUGACUUAUUGCAGUGAAAAUGCUAGAGAAUGUGAGAACCAAUCUGAAUGUAAGGAAAUUGAUGAAAACAAAAACAAAAGAGCAGGUUCUGUCCAAUGUAUUACUGGUUCUGGCAGUGACAGCGGGAAAACUAUAAGUUUAUAUGACAAUGAAGUUGCUUCCUCCCAAAAAGAUGAAAUAUCAUCGCAUGGCAGUGGACAUCUGAUUGCAAAUCAGGCUCGAUUGAAGAAGGGAACUCUUAAAAAGCAAUCGAAAGUUGACAGUACCAUUUUGGGUUCAUCAGAUCAAUUGCUUUCUCCUAGUGACAGUGGAUUUGAAAGUGUGAAUUAUGAAUAUAACUCAGUGGCGAUUUCUGAUUCUUCUGAUGCUGUGGAGUCAUCCAGCUCCUUCAUGGAACAUAAUCUACAAGACAAAACGACUGAAGAUCACAGUAAUGAUAAAGGAUCUGUUGCAAAAGAUACCUCAAAGAAGAGAGACGUUUCAUAUUGUGAUGAAGAAAACCUACUCGUGGAUGAUGAGAUGAGUGGCAACGAGGAAGGAAUGCAGCCGGCAAAAAAGAAGCCGGUUACUUCAAAAAAGCAUUAUGAUUUCAUCAGAAUUCUCUCAGAUUCUGUACUGAAUAAGGGAUCAUAUUUUGACAAGGAAGAAAGCGAUGAAGAAGCUAAGCAGGAAACGUCACCUCAAUACACUCUUCCUCUGAAAUUCAGAUUCGAAGAUGAGGUCUCAAAACCGACUGAACAAUCAGAAUUUGAAAAAUUGGUGGAAGGUUUGUUUGCCGAAGCUGCCUUAGCUCUCACAGUGGAGGAAAUGGGUUCCCUCCAUUGCCAUGAGAAUGAUAAAAAAAAUGCAAAAGCUUCUGAUGCUAAAGAGACUCAACAUGACAGAUGCUCUAGAGGGGAGCACUGUUUGGACUUACAAGAUGACAUUGGUGUAAGAUGCAGGUAUUGUCCUUAUGUGGAUUGUGAAGCAGAAGAAGUAAUGCCCCCAUGGGUGGAGAAAAUUUACCGAGAAUCAGACAGGAAAAGAUGUUCUGACGAAGAGCAGUUAUAUAUGCCUGAUGGACUUGAUUUAGAAUCAUCAGUGGAUAAUGUUAGAGGUUUCAUCAGUAAAGCUGAAGGAUCCGUUUGGAAUUUUAGUCCUUGUCUCAGAGAAGGCCUGUACAAACAUCAGCAAGAAGGAUUUGAGUUUUUGUGGAAGAACUUAGCUGGAAGCAUUGAUCUCACUGAACUGAGGACUUCUGAUCCAAGUGGAGUGGGGGGAUGCAUCAUAUCUCAUGCUCCAGGCACUGGAAAAACCCGUUUGGCUAUUGUUUUCUUGGAGACAUAUUUAAAAUUGUUUCCAAACUGCCGACCUAUGAUUAUUGCUCCGGCCAGUAUGCUCCUCACUUGGGAAGAAGAGUUCAGGAAAUGGGAAGUUAAUUUCCCAUUCCAUAACCUAGGCAGUCUUGAGUUCUCUGGGAAGGAAAACAAGCUGGCUCUCAAACAUCUGCCCAAAAGAACAUGCCGCGACAAGGAUGCAGCUCGUUGGGUAAAACUAUAUUCAUGGGAUAAAAGGCCAAGUGUUUUGGGAAUUAGCUACACUCUUUAUGAAAAGCUGGCUGGAGAUGAAAUUGUGAAGGGGAAAGAGAUGAAGAAGAGAAAGAGAAGCAAUGUUGAUGAGGAGUACGACCCUCUGAAGAAGAUACUUCUUGAAAAGCCCGGAUUGGUUAUUCUAGAUGAAGGGCACACUCCUCGCAAUGAUCGAAGUAGUAUCUGGAAUACGCUCCUGAAACUCAAGACGGAAAAGUGUGUCAUUCUUUCUGGGACUCCUUUCCAGAACAACUUUGCAGAACUCUUCAACACAUUGCGCCUAGUGAGACCAGCAAUUGCUGAUACAGUUGGAAAAGAGAGAGAGUUUGCAGAAAUGAUUACUUCCAGGGGGACGAAAAUGAGGGGAAAAUAUAAAGGACCUCGCUCUAGUUCCGUUGGAGACCCAUUUGACAAUGCCUCUAUAGAGAAACUUAAAUCUGCAAUAGCACCAUUUGUUCACAUACACAAAGGCGCCAUUCUUCAGCAGAGUCUCCCUGGUUUGAGAGACUGUGUAAUCCUUCUGAGACCCCCCACCAUGCAAAAGAUUCUACUUAAGAGGAUAGAAGGUUUACCAAACACUUUUGAAUUUGAACACAAGGUAGCAUUGAUCUCUGUGCAUCCCUUCCUUUUCUUACGAUCCCAUUCAACAGAAAAAGAAAAGUUUGAAAUUGACCAGGAUGCAUUAGAGGCUUCUAGGCUAAAUCCGAAUGAAGGUGUGAAAACAAGAUUUCUCAUGGAACUUGUCCGCCUCAGCAUUGCCAAUAAUGAAAAGGUGUUGGUAUUUAGCCAGUACAUUCAGCCUCUAGAAUUAAUAAAGGACCAGCUAAUGGCGAUUUUCGAUUGGGUGGAUGGAAAGCAAGUUUUCAUGAUGCAAGGAAAGCUAGAACAGAAGCAGAGGCAGAUCUGGAUAAAUUUAUUCAACGAUCCACAGAGUGAAGUAAAGGUAAUGCUUGCCUCAACAAAGUGCUGUUCUGAGGGUAUAAAUUUAAUUGGGGCUUCAAGGAUAGUUCUCCUGGAUGUCGUAUGGAAUCCAUCUGUGGAAAGGCAAGCUAUAAGCCGUGCAUAUAGGCUUGGCCAGAAGAAAGUAGUCUACACAUACCAUCUUAUGACAUCUGGGACAACUGAGGGGGAUAAGUACUGUAGGCAAGCUCAAAAGGACCGUUUAUCUGAGCUAGUGUUCUCUUCUUCAUCGAUUGAAAAUGAGAAUAAAAACAAACCUGCUGCUGGAAUUGAAGAUACUAUCCUAGAAGAGAUGGUCCAUCAUGCCAAGCUAAAGGAUAUGUUCGAAAAAAUUAUCAACCAGCCAAAAGAUACAAAUUUAAUUGAAACUUUUGGUCUAACAUCCUGAGGGAAAACAAGUAAUUCCCGGUAUCCUAUCUCAAGGUUUCUUCGAAGCUUUUCUAAAAUCACAUUACAUUUUCAAUGGCGAGAUGCAGGCUCAGUACACUCGUCAGAUUGGAAGUCCUUUGCUAGGUUCUAUUAAAUUUCGUCUUGGCCAUUGACUUUUAUCAUCUCUUCUAUCUGAAAUGCAGGAAAUGACUUUGGCAGGGGUGCGACUUUCUACUUAAUAUGCUUUAGCCAGGAUGCGGCCUCAGAUAUGAAUCGAGAAAGUUAUUCUCUUCUAAAUUGAUAAGGACCUAAUAGAUAUUACACAUGCACAUAGCAGUGAUAUUAACUGUACAUGAUAAUCAGGAAAUGAAAUUCAUUAAUUUCAGCAAGCAAUUGAAAAGGGAAAAAAAAUCAGAAACACAUUUUAUUUACAAAUGCCUAGAAAAUGAAUAUUUAUUAGGUGUAUAAGACAUUUUUCAGCUGUCUUCUAUUUCCUUGCAGGAGCAAAAGCCAACAGUCUUUCAUCUUUAUGAUGCAAGUGCAGAUCAUUAGUUUUGAACCUUCUAGUUUGCCUUUUCAGAAGUUCACAAUUACAGAUGACUUGGUGGUUUUCUUUUACAGUUGUAAUGUAAUGAUGAACUUUCACAGCAUCAUUUUUCAAAUUCUAAGGUUGAUUUUAUCAGUAGAAUUUAUGCUUCUCAUAGGAUUUGUUGUGAAAUUGCUCGUGACUUGAACAAAUUCUCUUUUUAAUUUGCCUCGUAGUAUGUUGAAUAAGAAUAUGUGAUAAUAUAUUUGCAUUUUCGGCAUAGCGACGCUAAAUUUGAUCUUCAUCUCCCCUGCUAUGAUCAUAGAAGUCCGAAAAUGUGACAUCCUUACCUAAAAGUUCGGUCGCCAGUUGAAAUCUUGCA